AUGGCAGCCGAUUUGAAGGAGCGCGGCCAGGAGCACGCGGCUGCCGGUCGCUUCACUGAGGCGAGGGCCCUGCUGGGACAGGCCGUGAGGUUGGCUCCCGGGCGAGCAGACCUCCACGAGCUGCAUGCGCAGGUGUUGUUGGAGCUAGGGUACACCUGGGAGGCGCUGCGGGCGGCCUCAAGAGCUGUGGAGCUGCAGCCGCAGUGGGCGGAGGCGCACGUGGCACUGGCCAGGGCUCAACGCAAUUUCGGGGAGCCGGCACUGGCGGAAGCCUCGUACGAGCGUUCCCUGGAGUACCAGGCUGAGGAUGUGGACCUCGUGAAGGCGGAGCUGCAAGAGACUCGGUUGCUGGCAGCCAAGCAACUCUCCCUGGGCGCAAAUGUACGGGCUGUUGUAGAAGAUAAGGGCAACAAGGACGGUGGCACCCGGGAUGGCGACAAGGUGUCGUGA